GUAGUUAUUAAUGAUAAUGGGGGCAGUCGUUGUGGGGGUUCAUCUCUAUAAUUUCACUAUUUGGCAGCAGGCCAAUUCUAUUGGAGUCUCAUUCUCCACCAUUUAGUUUUUGAUAUAGAGUGGAGGCUAGCUGGGAAGUACAGGAGGUACAGGAGCAUUGUCUUGCAAUUACUGGCUUUCUUCGAUAUUGAUUUUUAAGCUUCGCAUCCUCCCUGCGGCUUGAAACGAAAGGCAUAUCCACAAGGAAGAUUACCUCUCUUUUAAGGCAGUCAAUUCCAGCCCCCUCUACAAAUCUUUGGUUGGUUCUAUGUCUAUGCAAGCUUCUAAGAAGUACAAAAACUUUGACAAGUCUCAGCAAUUUUAUAUGAACAGCUCCAAUUCUGCAAGAGAAUCAGAAUCACAUUAUCCGCCGCAGAAGCAUCAAUUUGUGAAUCAUCUUUGCUCCAACGACACAUCCGGGUCAAGAAACUCGCCGCAUCAGGCCUCUGAUAUCCAUUACUGCACACUGGAAUCCUCAUCUGUAGCUGGUAGCUAUGGAAUUCGACAAUCACCUAGCAUCAGCUUAUCUUCAACUACUGGUAGCUCUGUGUCACUGCAUGACUCCCUCUCUGAAAGUACCUAUGGUUCACCUGCAAGCGUUUCAUGCUUAACUGAAGAUCCAAAUGAUCUCAAACACAAGAUGAGGGAACUUGAGACAGCAAUGCUUGGUUCUGAAAUGGAUAAUGGUGAUAGUUUUGAAACCACCUUUGAUAGGCAACUCUUUCUCGAACCUGAUAAGUGGAAAUUAUUGGAGAUCGCAAGGGGGGACUUAAAGAAGGGCCUCAUAGCGUGUGCUCGCGCCGUAGAAGAUGACGAUCUUAUGAUGGCGGAGUUGUUGAUGACCGAAUUAAGACAGAUGGUUUCAGUAUCAGGGGAACCAAUCCAGCGUCUUGGAGCUUACCUUUUAGAAGGCCUCAUUGCGAGGUUAGCGUCCACCGGUACUUCAAUCUACAAAGCUCUCAAGUGCAAAGAACCUACCAGCUCUGAGCUCCUCUCAUACAUGCAUAUUUUAUAUGAGGUCUGCCCUUACUUCAAGUUUGGGUACUUCUCUGCUAAUGGUGCCAUUGCUGAGGCUUUGAAGGGUGAGAAUGCAGUCCACAUUAUAGAUUUCCAAAUUGCACAGGGAAGCCAAUGGAUAUCUCUGAUACAGGCCCUUGCCGCAAGGCCUGGGGGGCCGCCGCGAGUUAGAAUCACAGGAAUUGAUGACUCUAUCUCUGAGUAUGCCCGAGGCACUGGUCUGCAUCUUGUGGGGCAGAGACUAUCUUGUCUCGCACAGUCCUGUAAUGUUCCAUUUGAAUUCCAUGCUGCUCCAUUGCCAGGUGAUAAGAUACAUGUCGAGCAUCUUUUUGUUCAUCCGGGUGAGGCUUUGGCGGUCAACUUUGCCUACCAGCUGCACCAUAUGCCCGAUGAGAGUGUGAGCACUGAGAAUCACCGGGACCGAAUCCUGAGAAUGGUGAAGAGCCUGUCGCCGAAGGUUGUGACCCUCGUGGAACAAGAAUCUAACACAAACACUGCGCCUUUCUUCCCAAGAUUUUUGGAGACCUUGGAUUACUACACAGCCAUAUUCGAAUCAAUCGAUGCAGUUCUUCCGAGGGAUCACAAAGAGAGGAUCAGUGUCGAGCAGCACUGCCUCGCAAGGGACAUAGUUAAUGUCAUCGCUUGCGAGGGUGCAGAAAGGGUGGAAAGACAUGAACUUCUUGGGAAAUGGAAGUCAAGGUUCAGAAUGGCUGGAUUCACACCGUAUCCACUGAGUCCUUUUGUUAACGCAACAAUCAAAUCACUCUUAGAAAACUACUGCGAACAUUACAAACUAGAAGAUAGGGAUGGAGCUCUAUAUCUUGGAUGGAAGAACAGAGUGUUGUCAGUUUCCUGUGCUUGGAUAUGAAGCUUUGUAAAACCCUAGCAAUUAAUCAAUGGUGUUUGGAACUUUUUUUUUUUCUGCUUCGUUUCUGCUAAAGUAGAGGCUUUUGUAAAGGGUUUAGUGGCUCAUAUCGAAUUGUACAACUAACUUCUUGGCUAAGAUUUCGUGGUUUUAGUUACUGGUACAGGAAUAAUGUUUCUAUAGAAUUCCAAAUAAGUUGGCGAGCUGAUGCUUUCUCA